AUGGCACUGCGCGGGCCAAAUUUCGUGCGGAACUUGUGUCGCUCAGCGAAAUCACGAACAGUGGCAACAUCCAGCCGACAAGGUCUCAUCAGCCCAUCCCAGCGCGAUGAGUGCACCCUCUACCACUCACGCACGCAAAGUCGCCGAAACCAAACUCUCGGCUCAACCAGAUCCAUCUACACGCCGUCAAGCGUAACGAUCCGUCGUGCAGCCUCGACAGCAGCCUCUCCCCAAACACCCACAGAAUCAAGUGAGCCAUCUGUCACUGGAGCCCCAGAUAUCACCAAUCACUACACAAUCUUCCCAAAGACCCUCCCCGCCGGUCCACCCCCAGCAUCACCCUUCGAAAUCUCCAUAGGCGACCUACGCCGCGAAUUCCUCCAACUCCAAGGCACCGUCCACCCGGACAAAUACCCAUCCGGCCCUGCGAAGCAGCACGCCGAGGCCCUGUCCGCGCGCAUCAACGAAGCAUACCGCACACUCUCCGACCCGCUCCAGCGCGCGCAGUAUCUCCUCCGCGAACUGCACGGGAUCGACGUCACGGCGGAAGAUGCCUCGACCAAGCACGCGCUGGACGCGGCGACGCUGAUGGAGGUGAUGGAGGUGCAGGAGACGAUCGAGGAGGUGGGUGCCUCACCGGAGGCGGAGGCUGAGAUUGAUGCUCUGAAGGAUGAGAAUCAGAUGCGGAUUGCUGGGUGUGUGGAUGCUCUGGCAAAGGCGUUUGAUCGCGGGGAUAUUGAGGGUGCGAGGGCAGAGUGUGUCAAGUUAAGGUUUUGGUAUAGUGUUGGCGAAGGGUUGAGGGAGUGGGAGCCUGGCAGUACGGAGAUUCGAUUGGUGCAUGGGUCUUAG